AGAAACCCCAGAAAUCACCCUAGAACAGAUAACGUCAAUGAAUGACCAAGGUGAUACCUGUCUACAUGUUGCUGCACUUAAAAAUGAUUUUAAACAGAUACGCCAUUUACUGGACAGAAUAUCUAAGGCAUCGUUGAUUCAGAACUGCAUCGAUAUUCAGAACAAUAAAAGGAGGACGCCAUUGUUUAUAUCCGUACUAAACAAUGAUUCAGACAUUGUAGAAAUAUUUCUUCAGCAUGGUGCAAAUCCAAAUAUCUUCGCAGAGACUAAAGAAGGACAAAAAGGACAACGUGAAACUGUCAUCCACGUAGCUGCUUCUAGGGGUAGCUCGUAUUUAAAAACAGUAGAAGCACUGCUUGCAGAUGAAACAAUUUCCUUAAACAGCUUUAACACUGAAGGAUGCACAGCCUUACACCUUGCAGUAAUGGCACAUGGACGUAAAAUGUCAAAGGAAGAAAACAUUGAUAGCGAAUGUAUAAUUGAGAAACUAAUCGAUGCUGGACUUGACCCAAACCUACAGGAAACCAAAACUGGAAGAACACCUUUAAUGUGUGCAAUAGAAAAAUUAGAUAUAACCUUAGUUGAGACAUUUGUAAAACUAAUUGACCACACAAAAAUGCGACAGUUGCUAAAAUCAGAAACAUUUGAUGGCAAAAAUGUCCAUUCAAUUAUUGAAGAAUUGAAAGAUUCAUUUACAAAGAAUGAUUACAAAAAACUUACUGAUUUACUCAGGAUCAUAAAUGAGGACCCACAAUAGUUUCUUCAGGAUAUGAUUCCAUAUUUUCAAUGUCACAAUGUAAUCUAUGGUAAGCAGUAUGGAAAAAGACAAUCACUGUUUUUUUGUUUGUUUUAUUUUUUUUUUCAUUUUAAUUUUGAAAUCAAUAAUAUUCGAGUGAAACUGCAUCUGAAAAAUUCAUCCCUGCCAUUUUUUCAAAAUUUCCUUGGAGGUAUUAAAUGUAUCUAUUUUAUAUGGGUGUUACAAUGGCCUUGAAUGAGUAUAAAAUAAGUCAUUAAAUAUAAUUUUGAAUGCCUGCAUCGAAUCAUUCAGUUCAUAUAACAAAAAAUUUCAAAAGUGAGAUCAGCAAUUCUCAUGGAAAAUCCUUAGUAAAUUGUGAACGUUGGCAGGAUUUUCAGAAAAUAUUGAAAUUGGACCAUCUGUAUACCGUCAUCUUGGAUUGUAAAAUUGUAGUUCUCAAUAGGUCUUGUUCUUUGCUUAAAUCUGCAAAUUUUAAGAAAGAUUGGCAAUUCAUUGGUUAGAUUGAUUCUUUGAAUAAAGGGAAAUAAGUGAUUCAUUGCAUUAAUCAGACUGAUUUAUCAAAUAUCAAAUGUUUAUGUUUGUUCGAACCAAAUUGUCAUCUUAGCCAUUUAAGGGGAGAUAACCUAAAGAGUAAAAUUCUUACUAAAGAAAUGAUAUAGAAAUUUUCCAUUUUUACCUGUAGCAAGAAAACAAGGUCGGUGACACCCUUCUUUCUUUUUCGGUCUUAAAGCAUAUUUUAAAACCUAUAUUCUCAUAUUUUAUUUCAAAAUAUAUCUCGGUCAUAGAUUUCUUUUUAUUCGCAAAUAAGUGUAUUUUCAUGAUCAAUCAAUGCAAAUUUGGGCACUUUUGCACAACUUGUAGCUUGAAAAAUAGGACGGUGACCCAUACUUUAUAUCAUAUUUUAAAAAAAAGCAUGGAAAAAAUCUACGUUCUGCCAGAGUAUGAGAAAAAUUCUGUCUGAGGAAAUGUAUACCUACAUAUAUGAUCCACCUCAAUUACUGAUUUUAACUUUCAUAUCUUUAUGUUUACAGUUGAUUAGAGUUUAAUAAAUGUAUAUCUUAUUUAUCAAAUGCGUGGGUACAUAUGUGGAAGAGUUAAAAAAAUCAAUUCUAAUCUUAGUUUUUUUACUGUUUAUUUAUACCAUCAGUUCGCUAUUAAACAAAUUGUUACCGUACAAAUAAGAUGAGAAUACAACCAAAAAAACGAUAAUUUUUAGCAAAAUAAAAGAAGAAUGUGUCCCUUUGUCCGCACUUGUAAGUAUGCUAGAGUCAAUGUACUAAUUCAAAAAUAUAACAUUUGUUUUCUGUGAAACUUACUGAUAUUAAUUUUGUUUCUGUAUGGUGAGUGGGCAAAACAGAAAAUGUGGCAAAUUUUAAUUUUUAAAGAACAGUAAAAAAAGACGCCACCCAAACUCGAUUUGUUCUGUGUUUGAUGGUAAUAAGCACUGUUUAUAAGUUUCAUAACAUUUGGCAAACAAAAGUUGGAGAACAGAAACUUAUUUUGGAACGUACGUACGUACAGACGGACAGGGGUUCCAUGUGUGGAACAACAUUUGCUUUUCCUUCCGGAGCACCUGAUAUCAUCCCCGGUUUUCGGUUGGGUUCUAUUUGCUCAGUUUUUAGUUUUCUACGUUGUGUUUUGUAUACUGUUGUUUGUCUUUUGGUCUUUUUUCUUUUCUUUUACCAUGGCGUUGUCAGUUUAUUUUCCUUUUAUGUGUUUGAAUGUCCCUUUGAUAUCUUUCGCCUCUCUUUUGAAAAGAUCAUUUUCUAAUUUAAAUUUGAUAUCUAGCUUAAAAUAUUAUAGUAGCUUGCAGUUUUUAGCAAAUUUGAUAUCAUACACAUGUUUGUAUUAUAGCUUCAAUGCCUUAUAAUCAUUUAUAUUGUGAGCAUUGAAUGUAUUGUACUGAAUUUUGUUUUAGCCUGUAUCUUUAUUUUUGUUAUGCUUUAUUCAAUUUGUACUUUGUAGUAUUAGUAUUGAUAAUCUUAGGCAUAUUAAAGCUAUUUUUUUUUUAAAUGUAGACUUUUAAAUAUUGAAGAAUGGAGGUAUAGGAACAUUCAAAGAAA